AUGUCGAAAAAAAUAUCCGAAAGUCUGCGGAAAAUCGUACGUGUUACUGAAUUUUGUUCCGAUGUUUGUGGUGUCAAUAUUUACAAGGACAAUUAUCGCAUAAAUAUUCGUACACUGUUCGUGAUUGCCGUUAUUGGGACAUCAUUUGCAUUUCUCAACUACGCUAUGUACGAUGGUUAUACCAAGGAAGGUGACUGGACCAUACUGGUGCAAGUGGUGUCACUGGAAGGUGGUACCUUACUGCAGGACAAAUAUCGUUUUCUACUCAAGGAAUGUAUGGUUCUGUAUGAGAAAUAUGAACAACGGGAAUCCGAUUAUCGUCUGUAUCUGAACAGAGGUAUACGGCUGUUGGCGAAUUUUAUGAAAUUGUGUACUUUCAUUAAUGUAAUGUUGGUUGUGGGUAUGAGCUCGGUCACCGUCAUUUACAAUUUCAUAUUUGGUACCUAUGAAACAUUGGUCUAUGGCUAUUGCCCAUGGAUUGAUAUUUACACAACUGAAGGUCUGUGGAUUACAAAUUCGGUACAGACUAUGCUUAUAGCUGUGGGUGGAUUUGGUUUGUUUUCGGGAGAUAUGGCCGUACUGACACCGAUCUCUCAAAUACCAACCUUUAAGGGUGUUCUGCAGUGCAAAUUUCGUGAAAUUAAUGAUCUCUUGGAUGAAGAUUAUGGUACGGAGGGGGAAAAGAAAGCAAAAACGCUGGCUGCUCUUAAGGAUAUUUUACAAUUUCAUCAGGCAUAUUUAACAUUUCUUAACGUUAGCCGUGAUGCGGUUUAUUGGAGUAUAUUUGUCAAGGUUGGCACGUGCUUCAUAGGCAUUGCCUUUGCCCUAUUUUGUAUCAUGUUGGGUUCCUGGCCAGCUGGUUAUAUUUAUUUACUCUACUGCUUUAUAAUGAUGCAGGUUUUUUGUGGCAUGGGCACCUUAGUGGAUGUUACCAAUGAAGAAUUCAUUCACUCGUGCUACAAUGAUGUACGCUGGUACGACCUCACCACAUCGGAAAAGAAAAUGUUAAAUAUAAUGCUAAUGAUGUCUCAAAACGCGGAGGGUCUAACAAUUGCAUCCAUAAUGCCGCUCUCAAUGAAUACGG